UCGUCCUCGCUCGGAGACACGGCAAGCGAGUCCUCCUCACUCACGCAAACACACGCCGUGCCGCGAGCGCACGAGACAACCGAGCGGAGCUGCCGCCUGCCCGCCAGUGCCAGCCAUGGACGCCGCGGUGCGCGUCCCCCCGGCGCUCGGGAACAAGACGGUGACCGAGGUGACGCCGCCGCCGCCACCACCGGCGGGGGAGGAGCGGCUGUCGGACGCCGACACGACGGCGUCGUCGACGGCGGCGCCCAACUCGAGCCUCAGCUCGGCCAGCAGCGCCGCCAGCCUGCCGCGCUGCUCCAGCCUGUCCCGCCUCUCCUUCGACUGCUCUCCGUCCGCGGCCCUGUCCUCUUCCUCGGCGGCGGCGGCGGCCGCGGCCGCGUCAUCGCCGGCGCCAGCGCCGGCGCGGCCGCACCGGGCAGGGGACGCGGCGUGGGCGGCGAUCCGCGCGGCGUCGGCGUCGGCCGCGGCGCCGCUGGGGCCGCGGGACUUCAGGCUGCUGCGCCGCGUGGGCGGCGGCGACGUCGGCACCGUGUACCUGUGCCGCCUCAGGGCGCCACCCGCGCCCGCGCCCGUCUGCUGCCUGUACGCGAUGAAGGUGGUGGACCGGCGCGUGGCGGCCGCGAAGAAGAAGCUGGAGCACGCGGCGGCGGAGCGGCGGAUCCUGCGGGCGCUGGACCAUCCGUUCCUGCCCACGCUCUUCGCCGACUUCGACGCCGCGCCGCACUUCUCCUGCGUCGUCACGGAGUUCUGCCCCGGCGGGGACCUCCACUCGCUCCGCCACCGCAUGCCCAACCGCCGCUUCCCGCUCCCGUCAGCUCGGUUCUACGCGGCGGAGGUGUUGCUGGCGCUGGAGUACCUGCACAUGAUGGGCAUCGUGUACCGCGACCUCAAGCCGGAGAACGUGCUGAUCCGCGCGGACGGCCACAUCAUGCUCACGGACUUCGACCUGUCGCUGCAGUGCACGUCGACGCCGUCGCUCGAGCCGUGCGCCGCCCCCGAGGCGGCGGCGGCGUCCUGCUUCCCGGACCACCUGUUCCGCCGCCGGCGCGCGCGACUCCGCCGUGCCGCCUCGGCGCGGCGGCCGCCAACGACCCUGGUGGCGGAGCCGGUGGAGGCGCGGUCGUGCUCGUUCGUGGGCACGCACGAGUACGUGGCGCCCGAGGUGGCCCGCGGCGGGCCCCACGGCGCGGCCGUCGACUGGUGGGCGCUCGGCGUGUUCCUGUACGAGCUCCUGCACGGGCGCACCCCGUUCGCGGGCGCCGACAACGAGGCCACGCUCCGCAACAUCGCGCGCCGCCCGCUGUCCUUCCCCGCUGCCGGCGCCGGUGAUGCCGACGCGCGCGACCUCAUCGCCCGCCUCCUCGCCAAGGACCCGCGCCACCGGUUGGGGUCCCGGCGCGGCGCCGCCGACGUGAAGGCGCACCCGUUCUUCCGCGGGCUCAACUUCGCGCUGCUCCGGUCCUCCCGCCCGCCCGUCGUCCCCGCCGCGUCGCGCUCCCCGCUGCACCGCUCGCAGUCCUGCAGCGCGGCGCGCACGAGAGCGUCGAAGCCGAAGCCGCCGCCGGACACCCGGUUCGACCUGUUCUGACACGACCGUUGCCGGCGUCACGCACGUGCGUGUUGACCUAGUUGCAUCACUCGCCAUUGU